CUUUCUAAUCUGUGUUUGUGACUGACAAGCAAGAUAAAAACAACACGUUGAAAUAUUGUUUUUAAACCUUAUUCAUGUACAUUAAUUAAAUUUAUGAUUUUAGUAUAGGUAUAUAUUUUUUUAAAUUGUGAUUGUGAAUUUGUAACGAAAGGUAACUAUCAAUCAAGUGCUCAGUGAUUUGUGAUUUAUAAAGACAUUAAAUUGCCUCGCGUAUGGAUUGUAAUUUGUGGUCGUGAUUUUGGUACGCUAUCAUAAUCUUUCCUGUGAUGAAAAUAUAAACUUUAUUUAGGUAUGAUAUUAAAAAAGAAGACAAUGCACCUUACAGUGAUAAGCAACUGGCUUACUGUUUAUUUACUUGUAGCUUGACAAGGCUAUGAUAAAAAUAUUGUACUUUGUGGUAUGUAAGAAGAUUGUGUAGAGGUACAAUGGCAGGAGAUCAUGAGCGUGGCCGCCACAGCAGUGAUCGCGACCGCCGCCGGAGCCGGAGCCGCAGUCGCAGCCGCGACCGGCACCGGGGUCGGGACAGCGAGCGCCGCGAACGGCACAGGGAACAUGAGCGCGGCCGCGACCGUCACAGGGACUACAGCAAGGACCGCGACAAGAGCCGCGCCCACACCACAUACAAGGAGUACUCUGGAGGUGGUCUUGGUGGAGGUUUAGGCAGCAGUGGCAAUAUAGGACCAAGAGGUAGAUACAAACCACAGGAAGAAGAAUUUUUAGAUGCAAGACGAGAGGAAAGGGAGAGAAUUGGGCAAGUUGGUGUAUCCUCAGUGUGGGGCAAGUCACCUACGAGGCCUGAUUCAGAAGAAGAGACAUCACAGCCAGAUAAGGCAAAUAAUAGCAAAGAAAAAAAGAAAAGUAAAAAAUCAAAGGACUCUAAAGAUACAAAACAGAAGUUAAAAAAAUUGAAAAAGAAAUUAAAAAAAGUGAAAAAGGCUAGGAAAAAAGCAAAACGAAAAUCAAGAAACUCUAGUAGUGACUCCGACUCUAGCUCUGAAGAAGAAGUGUGGGUGGAGAAAGGAAAAGAAGUGGAGACGGUGGGUGUGGCUAGCCGCGGGCCCGUGUCUGGGGGAGGAGGCGGCGGCGGAGGGGCAGGGGAGGAGGAGGAGCCGGGCCCGCGGCCGCGGGCGGGCGCGGCGCUGGCGGCCCGCGACUACGGGCGCGCGCUGCUGCCGGGCGAGGGCGCCGCCAUGGCCGCCUACGUGGCCGAGGGCAAGCGCAUCCCGCGCCGUGGCGAGAUCGGCCUCACCUCCGACGAGAUCGCCUCCUACGAGGCCGUGGGCUACGUCAUGAGUGGCAGCAGACACCGGCGCAUGGAGGCGGUGCGUAUCCGCAAGGAGAACCAGAUCUACUCGGCGGACGAGAAGCGCGCGCUCGCGGCCUUCAGCAAGGAGGAGCGCGCCAAGCGCGAGAACGCCAUCCUCGCGCAGUUCCGGGACGUGCUCACUGCGCGCGCGCAGCGCCGCGACUGCUAGCCGCCGCCCGCCGCCGCCCGCCGCCGCCCGCCGCCGCCCGCCGCCGCCAAAUCAAACCACACGCUCUUGUAAUUUGUUUUUAUUUAUCAACAAUAAUACUAUACAAUGAUA